UGGCACACGGUGAAAGUUCUGGGAUAUCGGCCUGAAACAUACGAGCCAACCCAAGGCGGAAGUCGGAAGUCGGAAGUCGAGAUGUCAGACGCGAUGAGCCGCAACCUUGUAGUACACUUGACUCAUAAUCCCCGAUUGUCGCCCGAUUCUGUGGAGUCGGGAUCAGACUCUACCGAAUAUGGACAGGAAGUGCUGUCGGGGACGGCUAGCGGCAAGUUUACGCUUAUGGAAAUACCCGAAGAGGCCGGCCCAUCUGGUAGUUCAGGACAGGCCUCGGAGGUGAAGCCGACGUCGACAAGUUCUAAACGUGGUUAUCGUAAGCGAACGCAUAGUCCCGAAGUCUGGGAAACACACAAGGCAGAGAUCGGCCGCCUCUACCUGGACGAGAAUAAACGUCUCAAAGAUGUGAUGGAAAUCAUGGAGGAACGAUGGGGGUUUCGCGCAUCUCAAAAGAUGUACAAGACGAAGCUCACCCAGUGGAAAUUCUUCAAGAACAACCGUCAGGUUGACGUAGCAAAUCUCCUUUACUUACAGCGUCAUCGCCUGGCCAUCGGAAAAGAGACUACUUUUCGUAGAAACGGUAAAUUAAUCGACGUAGAGGCAUACAUGAGGAGAAGAGGGGUCAACGCAUUCGAUCUCGUCGAAGUAGCCGACUUGGGCGAUUUGCCGCCAACUGUAAGAUGCCGGACGCCGCCCUCGGUCCCGAGGCUCCUAGAACCCCCCGGCGAACUGUGUAUCAAAGAGAGGUUCUUCCAAUGGACGUCUCAGACGUUCGUCAAACCCCGCCCGUUAGACACGGACUAUCUGAAGAAACUAGACGCUCACCAUACGAGCAACGCACUCCUUUCUGUCCAGUUGUUAACCCACGGCUGCUGGCUUUUUUCCGAAGGUCGUAAUAUGGAGGGUGGUUGGUUCUGCCGGGGCGCCUUCGCUCUUCUGCAUCAUAUACUGGAGACAUCUGCGGCUCUGUCUUUUUUUGAGAUGAUGAUGGCCAUCCAAAGGUAUCCAAACGCAGAGAUCAUGAGGGAGCUUUGGAGUUAUCUCUCAAGGUAUGCUGGUGCUAUCGAUGGCGUAAACCAACCCUUACAUCGGUUAUUGGCGUCCUUCGCCAAAUUUUCACAACAGCACGGGUUAGAACAUAAUGUGAACUUAUUGGACUGGGCUAUAGAGUGGGCCUCGGGCAGGUUUAAUAGUUCCUUUGAUGGUAAACCGUUUGACUACGCUCUGCUCAAGCCUUGGGAUCUUGGACCUAUAUGGGAUUCGUAUCAUCGGUACUAUCUCUGUUUGAAUCACUGGGAAGUCGAUAAGAUACCAACAGCAACUUUACCGAAGCUGGAAACCGUUCAGGAUCCUUCAAACCUGAGAGCGGAUUUGUUACUUAUAUUUGGGAACCAGUGUAGCUGGUCCGAUGAUAGACUCCCCAAAAUUGCUUUGGAAACUCUAGAACAGAACCGGCUGUCUCCUUCGCCUUCGGAUUAUCUCCAAUUCAUCGGCGAUUACUGUAUGGCCCGCUACAACAAGACGCGCUCUUCUGGGGAGGACCCCUUAACCAGCGCUUUCCAUAAAUCCGCAAGGGAAUAUCUAGAGUCGGCCGCAAACCUUCAGGGGAAAGCUUGGCCUCCUGGCAAGAAUUAUUAUGAAACUCUGACACUUCUUGAAAGUUGGUAUCUCGAAGCAGGGGACUACGAGUCCGCAGAUGCCACCCGGAGGAAGCGGGAUCAUGAUUGCGCAGGGAUAUUCAAGUCUCUGUCUAAAUGAGGGCUCUUCCAGACUCCACAACUACAUAAAGAGUAUACGAUAUCUUCCAGCCGAGGAAGAGUCGGAAUUCUGGCUUGGUUUAACAAUAUUCAAUUGGAAACGAUAUUACGCGUCGAGGCUUUCGGAGUUGACAUAGCUAGGCACCUGCGAGGUCUAAUAUAUAUAUCAACUAUAGCAUGGCGUCAUCAAUAGAAACAGAACAAGUUGUUAUAGCCUUAGAUGCCGUAGCUUAGUAGUUUUUUUAUUCCUGAUCAGCAUAAUACUAUUAGGGGUUGUCCUCCAACAUAUGGCGGUGCCGAAUUCCGCUCACGAAGCGAAUAAGACUAGAAUGUAUGUAGUAACGAUGGUGGCUGAGACA